AUGAACGACCACACAACCCCCGGCGACCUCCUCGACAACUACGAUCUGAUCGUGAAAUACACCCACGCAAUCCACCUCCUCAAACUCCUGUGCAUGAACGCCUACAUAGAAGCAUUUGAUGCAAAGACCGACACCCCGCUCGGCCGACGCGCCCUGUACAUGGAUCGCCGCAUGGGAUACAACGACAAGUUCUACUUCCUGAUAGACUUCAUGGCCGGCGUGACCUAUCUCAACAAGACACUACAGAAAUUGCAACUUACACCGAUACGCAUCCAGGAAAGCUUCGUCGCCGCGACAGAGCACACCUCGAUUCCGGACCAAGUGCUGAAAGUCAAUCAUCUUCGUCGGGCCCUGGGUAUGCCUGUCGUUAAUCUGCUGGAGGACGCGGCGAAGUAUGGGAAUUGGGAGAUCGGUCCUGAUCAACUUGCUCUCAGCGAGCUUCUUUUCGAACUCAUUUUUCGCUCAAUUUACUCGAAUGCUAUUGCGGAACUUGUGGAUCCUGAGGAACCCACGGCAAUUGUUUCGGGUGGUGAUACGGAGGUGGAUCGAAUUGCUGAGCGGUUCAGUCUUCUGGGACAAAGUCACGAUUAUGUGGUGGGAUCUGCUGGUAAUCAGCAUGGUUUGAGUCGUGGAUAUGGAAACCGUCCGCCGGAAUAUUCGAAUAUCGGUGAUGAUGAGAAUCUUGAAUCGUGGCGGGGCCCGUGGCGCUAG